AAUCCACACCACUCCCGCUCCAAACCAGCACCCUCUGCAGGAGCACCUUUCCCUCCCGCAGGUGCCCCCUCCCGCACCCCUGGGGUGGCCCAUGCCCCUCGGAGCGGCUGCGGCUCCGAUUCACCAGCCCUGAGUGCUGCCGCUGCGCUCCUGCGCUGAAUCACCUCGAUUACAGAUUCACUUGGAUGUGAUUUGGGGAAAGGGGAAAAAAAAGAAAUGACAGAAGAAAAAAAAAAAAAACACUAACAAAAAACAACCCAGCCCUUUUCUUCCUCCUCCUCCUCCUCCUCCUCCUCCUCCCCUGGGAAGGGGCGACAGCGGCAUAAAUAGCGGCAGGCGCAGCACGGGGCCAGAUGCAAAGCGAGCGGCUUCCCCUGGCACGCGUGGCACGGCUGCGAGCACCCUCCGUCAUGGCAGAGCCUUCGCUGCCCCUCUCCUUCCUCUGCCUCCUCGCCUUGUCCUCCGCCUGCUACAUCCAGAACUGCCCGCGGGGCGGCAAGCGGGCCCUGGCCGACACAGCCCUCCGACAGUGCAUGCCCUGCGGCCCCGGGAACAGAGGCAACUGCUUCGGCCCCGGCAUCUGCUGCGGCGCGGAGCUGGGCUGUUACCUGGGCACGGCCGAGACACGGCGCUGCGCCGAGGAAGACUACCUGCCUUCACCCUGCCAGGCCGGCGGGCUGCCCUGCGGCUCCGGCGGCCGCUGCGCCGCACCUGGCAUCUGCUGCACCGCCGAAACCUGCGCGAUGGACGCCGGCUGCCUGGACGAGGGCAGCGACGGGGCUCAGGAGGUGGCGGAGAAAAACCUGACGGUGCUGGACGGCUCGGCUGGAGAUUUGCUCCUCAAGCUGAUGCACUUGGCGAACCGGCAGCAGCAGCAGCAGCAGCAGGGCAAGCACCCCCUCCUCUGAGCCGGGGCGCCGGGUGUCCCCCGCACCGGCACCGAUCCCCCCACCCCAGCCUUGUAAAUACGAGACCCAAUAAAAG